AUGUCCACUGCCCAGGAUGAAGCUAACCAGUACUUUUCCGGCGGCGAUCUUCCUUCUACCCACCCGGAAGAUCGAGACAACGUCUCAGAUCGGAGCGUACAAGAAGAGGAGAAGCCCCGGCCUCGUAAUCUGCGUGGCGGCCGUCGACGCUCUACCUCAGAUACAGAGGACCAAGAUUCGGACAGAGCAGACAAGAUGACUACCACCACCACCACCUCAUAUACCAUUCCCAGCACCACUCACUAUGCCAAUACCGGUCCUAAGGGUGUCAUUGCCGACGCCCAGAAUUUCCAUCGCGCGAAGAAGUCUUCCUUCCGCAACCGCCUCUCUACCUUCACCAGCGGGUUUGCCUCGUUCCGGCCACCUACCACCCUCUUCAACUCAGAGACUAAGCAAGCCCCCUCGAACUCGUCAGACCAUUCCGACAACGGCUUGUCAGAAGAAGAUUCUGACCAGGAGUUCAUGACCAACUGGCGUGCACAACGCAUGCAAGAACUCAGCUCCAAUGGCCCCAACAACCCUACCCGCAGAGUAUCGCCUUCGAGACGAACGUGGGGCUCCUUGCAGGAGGUAGAUGCGAAUGGCUACCUGGACGCCAUUGAGAAGGUAUCAGACGAUGCUAUCGUCAUAGUUAUGAUCUACGAUCCGACAUCCGAUCGCUCAGCAUCCGUCGAAGACGAGCUACACAUGCUAGCAUACAGGCAUUCCAAGACACGCUUCGUCAAGCUUCACCACGACAUCGCCGAGAUGGAGACAAUCGAGGUCCCUGCCGUUUUGGCUUACCGAGCUGGAGAUGUAUUCGCAACUAUCUCUGGGGCUAGCGCGCAAGAUGUUGAGGCCGCGCUGAGAAAACACCGCGUGAUCGAGUGA